AUGGGUGUCAACAUGUCAACAUUGGUCGGCUGGGCCGUCAUUGCCAGCGCUCUCGUCGGUUACAAGGUGUAUCUUGACAACAGGAACAGACCAGCUGUCCGUCAAGUUGCCCGCCAGCUUCAUACCGAGAAGCCUGCUGGCCAGAACCGCAAAGAGCCCAAGGAGAAGGCGAAGCGACAAAGGGUGGAAGCUUACUCCAAAGACACCGAGGAGACGGGCAAGACCGCCCAGCUGAAGACUCGUGCCAGCAAGCCAUCGGCUGCUUCCUCGAGACUCUCCAACGAUAGCUCCGAUGACGAGGUCGACAAUAGGGAGUUUGCCAGGCAAUUGGCCAGCAUCAAGCAGGGCACAAACCUGAAUGCCACCAAGAAGGCCGACGAGAAGAGACAAAAGUCAGUGAAGCAGUCUCGUGCCCAGGUCAUUGACGAGAAGCCAAAGGAGCCCAAGGUCUCCGCCCCCUCCUCAACUGCCGGCGUUGACGCCGAUGACGACGCGUCUUCGGCUGCUUCCCCUGCCGUCACACCUGCGGAUGCCGGCGAUGUCUCGGAUAUGCUUGAGCCCAAGUCGUCCGGCCCCUCUGUCCUCCGCCUCACCGACACCGAGAAGGUGAAGCCCAAGAAGGAGAAGAAGGCCAAGGAGCCUGAGAAGACGGAAACCAAGAAGCAGAGACAGAACCGUCGUAAAAAGGAGCUUGAGCAGGAGCAGCGCCAAGAGGACGAGCGUCAGCGCAAGGUCGCCGAGGAGGCCCAAAGACGACAGGCCCGCAUCGCGGAGGGUCGCGCUGCCAAGGACGGCUCUGAAUUCACCAACAAGGCCGUCAAGGAGUCUGUCUGGACCGCCGGUAAGACUGAGAGCAAGUCCACCAAUGGCCAGACAGCUCCUGUGCAGCCACUCGACACCUUCGACACCGACAGUUAUACCGAUGUGUCUAUUCCCACCCAAACCGACUCGACUUCCAAAGCCUCCACUGCUAAGCAGGCCGGUGCCCCGAACAACUGGAUUGCCUCCCUCCCCUCCGAGGAGGAGCAGAUGAAGAUGAUCGAAGAUGAAGAGGCCUGGAACACUGUUCCAUCCAAGAAGUCUAAGAAGAAGAAGACGGCCGAGGCCACCUCCCCCGCCGAUAGCGCCGGCGAGUCUGAGCCAGUCGCCGCCACCAAGGCUCAGCCUGCCACAAAGCCCCGUGCUACCAAUGGCACCGCUCCCAGCAGACCCGCCAAGAUCAUCUCCCAGCAGUCAUCCUUUGCUGCUCUGACUCCAAACGACGAUGAGACCAGCAAGGAGUGGGAUGUGUAA